UUUCCGAGUGGUGGCUUUCCCGACACGCAACGCUCGCCCGCUUCAUCGUUUUGGCUCCACAGUGAUUUCUCGCUCUCGUCUCUCUCGUGCUCAUCAAUGGAGUUGUUUAGCAGCACUAUUGCUCCGUUCCCUUCUUCUCCUCAUCCCCAUUCCAUGAUGAGUUUUAAGAGAAGCCAUGGGGUUUUCCUCUGUAGCAGGAGCUCUGGCAAUGCACAGUCCCUCAAGGAGAAUAAGAUGGUUAUAUCUAUAACUGGAGCUACUGGUUUUAUCGGUCGGCGAUUGGUUCAAAAGUUACUUUCAGAUAAUCAUGGAGUACAUGUUUUAACACGGUCAAGAAGAAAUGCUCAGUUAAUUUUUCCUGUUAAAAGCUUCCCUGAAGUUACUAUUGCCGAGGAACAGGAAUGGGGGAACUCGAUUCAAGUUUCAGAUGCUGUUGUUAACUUGGCUGGAAUGCCGAUAAGCACUAGAUGGUCACCUGAGAUAAAGAAGGAGAUUAAACAAAGUCGUAUAAAUGUUACUGGAAAGGUUGUACAUUUGAUAAACCAAAUGAAUGCAGAUGUUCGCCCUUCAGUUUUAGUUAGUGCAACAGCAAUUGGUUAUUAUGGCACUAAUGAAAAUAAGGUUUUUGAUGAGACAAGCCCCUCAGGACAUGACUACCUAUCAGAGGUAUGUAGAGAAUGGGAAGGAAGGGCUCUCGAAGUAGAUAAAGAUGUUAGAUUGGUACUUAUCCGCAUUGGUGUUGUUCUUGGCAAAGAUGGUGGUGCUUUAGCCAAAAUGAUUCCUCUCUUCAUGAUGUUUGCCGGCGGUCCUCUGGGAACAGGAAAUCAAUGGUUUUCUUGGAUUCAUCUUGAUGAUCUGGUCAAUUUGAUAUGUGAAGCUCUAACAAAUCCAUCUUACAAAGGAGUAAUCAACGGAACGGCACCGAACCCUGUUCGGCUGUCAGAAAUGUGUAAAGAACUGGGCAAUGUUAUGGGCAGGCCUUCCUGGCUUCCUGUACCUGAUUUUGCACUCAAAGCAGUGUUGGGUGAAGGUGCAACUCUUGUUUUGGAUGGACAGAAAGUUAUCCCUGCAAAAGCCAAGGAAUUAGGCUUCUCAUUUAAGUAUCCUUCUAUUAGAAAUGCACUCAAAGCUAUCAUCUCAUCUUCAUGAAACUAAAGUUAAUUUUCCCCUUUUUUUUUUUUUCUUAAUUUCUAUUUUGUAAUUUAUUUAUUUAUUUUUUCUUGAAGCUUUCAUGCUUCAGAUGAGCAUAAAAUCUUGAUACUGAUGUUUAUAUAUCUCAAUCAGUCAAUCUGUUUCCUUUGGAGAACA